UGGUUUGGAAGCUUUUGUGAUUUCAUGUGUCCUGGUAAUUGCAACGGAUGUGCCAGGUCUACUGGAUCGUGUGCAGAUGGUUGUGUUCCAGGUUACUUUGGAGAGACGUGUGACAUAACGUGUCAUGGAAUGUGUCUUGACAACUCCUGUGACAGCCCAAUGGGAAAAUGUAAAGAGGGAUGCAGCUGGCCCGACGUGUAUGGUCCUUUCUGUAACUAUACUUGUAAUGGUAACUGCGAGUCUGUUCGAUGUCAGAGGGAUGCGUCUGGUGAUGUUCUGUGUAGUGCUGAAUGCAUCAGUGGUAAAAUAGGAGACCACUGUACACAAGACUGCCCUGAUGGAAUGUAUAUGAACAUCACGAAACCUAACUUUGUGCUCCUGAUUUUGAUCCCGUCAGUCAUCAUUGUGAUCCUUAUUGGGGUUAUUGUGCACCUGAUACUCAGGCGGCCGAUAUCCAAAAAAACAUCUUCUGAAGCACAUUCAUUGACAACCAUACACUUCUCACAGCUAUGACACGAUUGACGAAACACUUCCGAUGAGCAUUGAUAGCUCCAUGACGUCACUACAGAUACCACCUCUAGCGGAAGUAUUUGAUGACGUUGAGGAACGUUAGCGGCUCAAAUGUAAUGGUCACGCAACAGAUGGCAGUGAGAGACCCGGUCCCACCAAAAAUGAUUUUGCGACAGUUAUAA